AGAAAUUUAUUGCAUAAUUUUAAUAGGAACUUACAACUUAGUACUGAGAAAAACGCCUAGACUGAAAUAGUACUCUGGAAAGGAAAAUCUCCAUGGAUGGAGAAAGAUCGGCGGGAAGAUGUCUUCGCAGAAAUAGCUGAGAAGUUCCCAAUGAAAGAAUUUAAAAAAUUUGCUAGAUGUGGGAUUGGUCUCGUACUCAACUUUAAUGACGUCGAAUCGAUUAUUGCGAGCUACAGCGAAUCUGAAGAUGAACAAAAAGUUCAAAUUCUUCGUCUUUGGGCAGAGAAAAACGGAACAAGAGCCACAAAUGAAAACCUAAGACAAGUCGUUACUAACUACUUCAAGUUGAAAAAAUCUUAUAUACCAGGCGAAAGACUUGAAGACGUCUUUCAAGAAGUGGUAGAAAUAUUUCCAAAUUUCGGACAAUUUAAAAAGUUUGCUAUAUCUAAGCGUGGCCUUUUACUAGAUGAUAAUGAAGUUCGUUUAAUUGCCGAAUCCAACAAAUCAUCUGAAGACAAAUGCUUGGAAAUGCUGCAAGUUUGGAAACUAAAAACCGAUUUUUCCGAAGAGUCCAAUUUAUCGAGAACAAUCCAAAUCCAAAAAUUGGUUGAUGAAUAUUUUUCCAAAGAAGACGAAUUUGCACCCAGAGGUGCCGAAGGCUCAACCCAAGCACCUACCAGUCAACGAAGGCCACAAAAUGAUCAGAGCCAAGACACCAAUGACGACACUAGAAAGCAGUCUGGUACAAGAUACGAGACAAGUAAUACUUAUUGUGAUUAAUUUCUA